AUGGCCGACUCAGACGAUGAGCUCUUCGCAGCCCUAGAAUCCGAAUCCGACACAAUCUACCGCGACGCGCGAAUCAACCAACUCAACGCCGAGCUCGCAUCAACCAAAAACAACCACUCCCAAAAGGAAGCCAGUAUCCUCACGAACGAGAUCUACCCUACCCUCAACAACGACCAAUCAGUCCUAGACUUCACAACGCGCAGUAGCAAAUGUCUUGUCCACUUUGCGCAUCCUGAUUUCGCUCGAUGCACGGUCAUGGAUACCAGGCUCGGAGAGCUGGCGAGUGUUCACUUCGAGGUCUCGUUUGCGCGCGUCGAUGUGCGCAAUACGCCUUUCAUUGCGGAGAAGUUGGGAAUCCGGGUACUGCCUUGUGUGAUUGGGUUCAAGGAUGGUGUGGGAAUUGCUCGAGUGGUUGGGUUUGAGGGACUUGAGGCGAGGGGCUUUGAUGGGGUGGAGGGCUUUGAUGUCAAAGUGCUCGAGAAGAGAUUGUUGGCGAAGGGGAUCUUGGCCGGUAUCAAGAUCGGGAGUGGGGAUGAUGACGACGAUUUGAGAGAGGAGAGUGAUGAGGAGGGUGAUAUGGGCAGGACCAGGAAGAGAGGUAUUCGCAGUGCGAACCCUCGAGUGAGAAACCGCGGUGACGAUGAUGAUGGAGAUUGGGAUUAA